AUGACCGACGAAAAAACCUCCAGCACCAGCGAGCUGGACCUCGCCCGGAGCGAGAAAGAAGACACGGCCUUUGCGCCGAUUACGUGUCCGACGGAAAAUGAAGACCGACGCCAUGAACCGUUCCAGAAGAUGCGUUCCCACGCUUCCAAUCCCAAUUCACACGAGCGCCCGAGUUCCCGGAGAUCCCUGGAGCGCUGCUGGUCGCUGAAUGAUGGAACGAGUAUCGGUGGUGGGCGUGAUGACGAUGAUCGUGCCGAGGGGGGCGUGGCCGUGGCCGAGGAUGGGUUUACGGUUGGUUGGAAUGAUGGGGAUACGUUGAAUCCGAGGAAUAUGAGUAAGGCGCGGAGGUGGAUGAUUACAAUUAUUGUUUCGUUGGGAUCGCUUUGUGUGACUUGUACUUCGUCGAUGUAUACCGUCACGUAUGACCAGUUGAUGAAGGAGUUUAAUUGUUCGAGGGAGGUUGCGACGCUGGGAUUGUCAUUUUUUAUUUGGGGUCUUGGAAUUGGACCUCUCUUCCUCAGUCCAUUGUCAGAGUUCUUCGGCCGGAGAAAAAUAUACCUAGUAUCAUUCUCCCUCUUCCUCAUCUGGCUGAUCCCCUGCGCCGUGGCGAAGAACAUCCAGACCAUGCUCGUGUGCCGCUUCUUCAAUGGCCUUUCUGGAGCAGCUUUCCUCAGUGUCGCGGGCGGGACCGUGGGUGAUAUGUUUGAUCGCCACGAACUUGCUUUUCCGAUGAUGCUCUACACCGCGAGUCCGUUUAUUGGUCCUGAGGUUGGUCCUUUGGUCGGCGGGUUUAUUAAUGACUUUACAAGUUGGCGCUGGACGUUUUAUGUUCUGCUGAUCUGGACGGGUGUCUUGCUCAUUUGUAUGGUCUUCCUCGUGCCGGAGACGUAUCAUCCAGUUCUCCUCCGCCGCAAAGCACAAAACCUCCGCAAAGAAACCGACGACGAGCGUUGGCAAGCCCCAAUCGAGAAACUGCAACUCUCCGUCGCGCAAACAGUCCUCCGAUCCAUGUACCGACCUAUCCUUCUCCUCACACUAGAACCCAUGUGCCUCAACCUCUGCAUAUUCUCCGCCAUCCUGCUAGGAAUCCUCUACCUCUUCUUCGGCGCCUUCCAACUCGUCUUCGAGAAUGUAUACGGCUUCAUCCUCUGGCAACGCGGCCUAUGCUUCCUCGGCCUCUUCGUAGGAAUGGUCAUGGCCAUCCUCUCAGACCCGCUCUGGCGCCGCAACUACAUGCGCCUCGAACGAAACCAUCAACAGGGCGACCACGCUGAAGAGUUCCAGCCCGAAUGGCGUCUGCCUCCAGCAAUCCUGGGCGGACCCCUGGUUACGAUCGGCCUGUUCAUCUUCGCUUGGACGAUCUACUCAGAUGUCCACUGGAUCGCACCCAUCAUUGGCAGCGCCCUCUUCGGUGCAGGGACCAUCCUGGUCUACUCGGGAAUCUUCACAUUCCUCGUCGACGCGUAUCCCACUUACUCGGCCAGUGCCCUCGCCGCCAACUCGUUCAUGCGCUCCAGCUUCGGCGGCAUCUUCCCUCUCUUUGGAAUCCAAAUGUAUAAUAACCUCAACUAUCAUUGGGCGACCUCGUUGCUGGCGUUCCUGACCCUGGCCAUGCUUCCAUUUCCAUACAUCUUCUUUCGGUACGGUAGUCGGAUCCGCAAGCACAGUCGUUUCGCUACGUCGCAGAUGUGA